CAGUAUUCGAAUUAUAAAUCCCCAGCAAUUCAUUUUAUUCUAAGCCUUUCAAAUUCCUUCUUUAUCGUCUUUGCUGUGCUUCGCUCGAGCAACGGCAAGAACAAGACUAGACAUACAGAGAGCACUAUAGAGUUUUAGUGAAACUCUCAUUUCUGGAAGAGAGAACCCCUAGCUUUUUGCUCGGUUGGGUUUUGAGUUUCUCAGAUUAAUCGGGUAACGAUUUCAGUGAAAAUAUGGCUAUGGAUAUUACUCAAUUCCUGUUGGCUGCCCAGUCAGCAGAUGCGAGAAUCCGGUCUGAAGCAGAGGCUAGUCUCAGGCAGUUCCAAGAGCAGAAUCUGCCCCAGUUUCUUCUGUCCUUAUCACUUGAGCUUGCAAACAAUAACAAACCAGCUGAAUCCCGUAGAUUGGCUGGUAUUUUGCUUAAAAACUCUUUAGAUGCAAAAGAUGCUGCGAGAAAGGAUCAUCUUGUUCAACAGUGGCUUGGAACUGACAUUUCUAUCAAAUCUCAGAUAAAAGACUUGCUCCUGAGCACUCUUGGUUCAUCUGUUUCUGAGGCAGGACACACUUCUGCACAGGUGAUAGCUAAAAUUGCUUCAAUAGAGAUUCCCAAGAAGCAGUGGCCAGAGUUGAUUGGUUCACUUCUUAACAAUAUGACCCAGCAAGGUAGCUCUGCAACCAUCUGGAAUAUAUCAAUGGCGGGUGGGACAUGUUUAGGUCUUGUUGCUAGAACUGUUGGGGAUCCCAUUGUACCCCUUGUAAUGCCUUUUGUUGAGUCAAACAUAUCAAAACCAAACUGGCAUAACCGUGAGGCAGCCACUUAUGCAUUUGGAUCAAUCCUUGAAGGUCCUAGUGUUGAGAAGCUUUCACCAAUGGUACAUUCAGGAUUGGGCUUCCUACUUAAUGCAAUGAGGGAUGAACACAACCAAGUGAGGGACACGACUGCUUGGUCUUUGAGUCGUAUUUUUGAGUUUCUGCACAGUCCAGCCAGUGGCUUCUCUGUAAUUUCUGCUGAGAACCUCCCAAGGGUUGUGGCUGUAUUAUUGGAAAGCAUUAAUGAUGCUCCAAAUGUAUCUGAAAAGGUCUGUGGAGCUAUUUAUAAUCUUGUGCAGGGUUAUGAGGAUGCUGGACCAGCCUCCUCUAUGAUUUCACCGUAUCUUACUGAGAUAAUUACUCGUCUUCUUGCAACUGCUGAUCGAAUGGAUGGCAGUGACUCUAAGCUCAGGUCUGCUGCAUAUGAAACUUUAAAUGAGGUUGUGAGAUGUUCAAAUAUUACAGAAACAUCUCAGAUCAUUGGACAACUUCUCCCUGUCAUAAUGAAUAAGUUAGCACAGACACUGGAGCUUCAGAUUGUGUCAUCAGAUGAUCGAGAGAAACAAGGAGACCUGCAGGCAUCUCUUUGUGGUGUUCUUCAAGUUAUUAUACAGAAACUUAGCAGCACUGAUGAAACCAAACCCAUAAUUCUCCAGGCUGCCGAUCAAAUCAUGAUCUCUUUCCUAAGGGUUUUUGCUUGUCAUAGCUCUACAGUGCAUGAGGAAGCAAUGCUUGCUAUUGGGGCGCUGGCUUAUGCAACUGGACCUGUGUUUGAGAAAUAUAUGUCUGAGUUGUACAGAUUCCUGGAAAUGGGAUUGCAAAAUUUUGAAGAGUACCAGGUCUGUGCCAUAACAGUUGGGGUGGUUGGUGAUAUUUGUCGUGCUUUGGAUGACAAGAUCUUGCCAUACUGUGAUCAGAUUAUGAAUCUCCUUAUAAAGAAUCUUCAGAGUGAUGAAUUACAUCGUUCUGUCAAGCCUCCUAUUUUCUCCUGCUUUGGGGACAUUGCUCUUGCAAUCGGGGAGCACUUUGAGAGGUACAUUCCUAGUGCAUUACAAAUUAUGCAGGCUGCUGCUGAGUUGUGUGCCCGAAUGGACACCAGUGAUGAAGAGUUCAUGGAUUACGGAAACCAGCUCCGGCGAAGUAUCUUUGAGGCUUAUUCUGGUAUUCUUCAGGGAUUCAAGAAUGCAAGGCCUGAGGUUAUGCUGUCAUAUGCACAACAUUUGUUGCAGUUUGUAGAACUGGUCUUUAGAGACAGACAAAGGGAUGAGAGUGUGACAAAAGCAGCAGUAGCUGUGAUGGGUGAUCUUGCAGAUGCUCUUGGUCCUAACACAAAGUUAUUAUUCAAGGACUGCACGUUCUGUGCUGAAUUUCUUUUCGAAUGUCUUCAAUCAGAUGAUGAACAGCUUAAGCAGACAGCAGCUUGGACUCAGGGUAUGAUUGGACGUGUUAUGGUAUCAUGAGAUGAAGUCUUGUUUAUUAAGUAAAGAAAUCAUCCAGAGUCUUGUAUUUUUUUUUUCCCUUUGUCUGCUAGUUUUUGGUAAGGUUGUCGAAGAACUUAAAAAAGAUGGUGGGGUGGUGUUGGGGGUGGGGAGAAGGUUUAUCUAUCCAUAUAUUGUUUCUAAAGCGGAGGGGAGUUACCAUUCAUAUUUUCCUUAAUCCGCUUUUGUUGGGUUAAACCUUGAUUGUCGCCAUUGUUAUCUGGCGUGGGUCAAUUGGGGAAGGUCAGUCAGUCUGUAGAAGUCAGUUUUAGUUAAAUGCAUCCUCCACUGAUUCGGUGGCUUCUUGAGUCAAGUUUAUGCUCCUUUCUCUUGGCUAGUUUGUGCAUUCAUUCUUUACAUGCUGAGGACUAGAGUUGAAUGUGUUUAAGCUGGGGCGCUAUUCUUUAU